GGGGUCCUUACAGACGAGAAGUGUCAGCGGCUAGCAGUGGGCAGUCAGUAGCAACUAACAUCAUGCCGACUGUCAGCGUUAAAAGAGAUCUUCUCUUUGAGGCUUUGGGCAGAACUUACACUGACGAACAGUUUGAUGAGCUAUGUUUCGAGUUUGGUCUGGAGCUCGAUGAAAUUACCUCGGAGAAAGACAUCAUUAGCCGUGAGCAGGGGGACGCCAAGGCGGAGGGCGCUUCGGAUGUUAUCCUGUACAAGAUAGACGUCCCAGCUAACCGCUAUGACCUGCUGUGUUUGGAAGGGCUCGUCAGAGGCCUGCAGGUCUUCAUGAAAAGGAUCGAAGCUCCUCGUUACAGACGUGUGAGACCAGCCAGCGGUGAGCCCCAGAGGCUGCUCAUCACUGAGGAGACUGCAGCGGUGCGCCCCCACGCCGUGGCCGCAGUGCUGCGCAACAUCACCUUCACCAAGGAGCGCUACGACAGCUUCAUCGAGCUGCAGGAGAAGCUGCACCAGAACGUCUGCAGAAAAAGGACACUGGUGGCCAUUGGAACUCACGAUCUUGACACCCUCUCUGGUCCCUUCAUCUACACUGCCAAACCUCCCGGGGACAUCCGCUUCAAACCCCUCAACCAGGCCAAGGAAUACACCGCCACCGAACUCAUGAGCCUGUACAAGGCGGACAGCCACAUGAAACACUACCUGCACAUCAUUGAAGACAAGCCCGUGUACCCCGUCAUCUACGACAGCAAUGGCGUGGUCCUGUCUAUGCCUCCCAUUAUCAACGGAGACCAUUCCAAAAUCUCUCUAAACACAAAGAAUGUUUUCAUCGAGUGCACAGCCACGGAUCUCACCAAGGCGAAAAUUGUGUUGGACAUGGUUGUGACGAUGUUCUGUGAAUAUUGCGACGAACCAUUCACGGUGGAGGAGGCUGAGGUGGUCUAUGCUGACGGCAGGACCUGCAUGUACCCGGAGCUGGCUUACAGGAAGGAAAGGAUAUCUGGAGAUUUCAUCAACCGCAAAGUGGGAAUCAAUGAGACAACAGAGAGCAUCGCCCAGCUGCUGACCCGGAUGUGCCUGCUCUCGGAGGUCACGGGCGAGGGCGAGAUCGAGGUGGAGAUCCCGCCCACCCGCUCCGACGUCAUCCACGCGUGCGACAUCAUGGAGGACGCCGCCAUGGCGUACGGCUUCAACAACAUCGUCCGCACCACGCCACGCACCUACACCGUAGCCAAUCAGCUUCCAAUCAACAAACUGACAGAGUUGCUGAGGCAGGACCUGGCUAAUGCUGGAUUCACCGAAGCUCUCACCUUUGCCCUGUGUUCACAAGAGGACAUCUCAGACAAGCUGGGGAAGAAGAUCAGUGAGACCAAGGCAGCACACAUCGCCAACCCCAAGACCGCAGAGUUCCAGGUGGCGCGCACCACCCUCCUGUCGGGCCUGCUGAAGACCCUGGCUGCCAACAGGAAGAUGCCUCUGCCCCUCAAGCUGUUUGAGAUCUCUGAUGUGGUGCUGAAAGAUGAAACCAAAGACGUGGGCGCCAGGAACAACCGGCGCCUGUGUGCCGUCUACUACAACAAGAGCCCCGGGUUCGAGGUGAUCCACGGGCUGCUGGACCGGGUCAUGCAGCUGCUGGAGGUGCCGGCAGGCCAGGACCAGGGCUACCACAUCCAGGCAGCGGACGACUCCACCUUCUUCCCAGGGCGCUGCGCCGAGAUCUUUGCGCGAGGGAAGAGCAUCGGGCGGCUCGGGGUCCUGCAUCCCGACGUCAUCAACCGCUUCGAGCUCACCAUGCCCUGCUCCGCCCUGGACAUCGACAUCGAGCCCUUCCUGUGACCUCCUCCCCCGCCCCCCCUCCAACACACACACACACACACACACAUUUAAACAUGGUCCGAUGAAACUUCAGUGGUUCAUGCACUCAUCUAAUAGUCUCAACUCACGCCCAGUGUGUGAUGUCAUAACCCGGCCCAGUUUGGCAUGGAAUGGCACGGCCCGGUCUGGCCCAGUGCAACGUCGAACGCGAACCUGGCUUAAAUCAUGAGUUGUCAAUCUCAGUGAAGAAUAUGCGUGACCAGUCGUGUACGGUUAAACAGAUCUCUGUCAGUUUCGGCCCUAAAAUAAGUCCACAGUUGAUCGUCCAGAUGAAAUACUCUUGGGGGGGGGGGGGGCUUUAUUUAAAAAAACUAACAUCAAGAAUUUGUUGGUCGGUAAAUUGUAAUAUCAAUAGACUAUGUAUGUAUGGAUAUGUUUUUAUCACUCACGAUCUGUACCGCCAUUAAACUGAAUGACACAUGG